AUGCAUACGAAUACAUUCAUCUCAGAUGUCCUAUAUGACGCAAAGAAAUAUAUCCUUAGGAACGUUAACAUGGGAAAGUCGGCCUACUGGACAUACUUACCAAACUUUAUCCUGCAGCAGGUUAAGCAAAGACUGUCGUAA